AUGACCCAGACUGCAAGGGUUGACAGUAAUGAUGAAGAGUUGUGGAAAAUAGCCUCGGAAGCGGGAGAAAAGUUCAGCGCUCUCUACUAUCGUGCUUUCGACAAAUCGAAUAGACCUGAUUUACCUGGAUUUUUCAUGGAUAAUGUUGUUCUUCUGUGGAACGGAAAUCGUGUUGAUGGUCAGCAAGCUGUUGUCGAAUUUUUUUCCAAACUACCAGAUAGUACAUGUAACUUACAUUCAUUAUCUUGCCAACCAGUACAUAAAAGUCUGAGUGGUGACCGACUGUUGGUUUUAGUCAAUGUUUUCGGCACAAUUAAAUUUGACCAACAUCCCAUUCAUAUAUUCUCUGAAACAUUCUUUCUAACUCAAGAAUCAAAUUUGUGGAGAGUACAGUCGGUUACUUUUCGCUUCAUUGAUUAA